AGUCUCUGAUAGGUUGUAGUUCAUAUAUUUGAUUUUUAAUACUUCCCAAACCCACUUUUAAAACAUAGUCAUUCCCUUCGUCUUCUUCCUCCACACUACAGAAUCAAAAGAAAAAAAAAAUAAAGAAAAUGAAAAGCGGAGGGAACACAAACACGAAGCUCAUACUUGUUCAUCCAUACAUUCAAAAACAAACAAGCUCAAACCGUCUAUGGCUUCUCGCUUUCGUCUCUCUCUUCACCAUCGCUUUCCUCCUCACUCUACUCUACACCACCGACACAAUCAUCUCUUCCAAAACCACCUCCGCCGUCUCCUCCGUCGUCAACUCAGCCGUCUCCAACCCUCCGACGACCUCUCAACUGCCGACGAGCGCCAUCAACGCCCUGCUCCACUACGCGUCGAGAUCCAACGACAGCUUCCACAUGUCACACGGAGAGAUGAAAUCGAUCUCCGACGUCCUCCGCCGCUGCGCUCCGCCGUGCAAUCUCCUCGUUUUCGGCCUGACGCACGAGACACUCCUCUGGAAGUCGCUGAACCACAACGGACGGACCGUGUACAUCGAGGAGAACCGUUACUACGCGGCCUACUUCGAAGAGAUCCACCCGGAGAUCGAAGUGUUCGACGUUCAGUACACGACCAAGGCUCGCGAGGCGCGCGAGCUCGUCUCCGCGGUCAAAGAGGCGGCGAGGAACGAGUGUCGUCCCGUGCAGAAUCUCCUCUUCUCCGACUGCAAACUCGGUCUCAACGAUCUGCCGAACCACGUCUACGAUCUCGACUGGGAUGUGAUCUUGGUCGACGGUCCGCGCGGCGACGGCGGAGAUGUGCCGGGAAGGAUGUCGUCGAUUUUCACGGCGGCGGUUCUCGCCCGGAGCAAAAGAUCCGGAGGGAAUCCCAAGACGCAUGUGUUCGUGCACGAUUAUUACAGGGAGAUCGAGAGACUUUGUGGCGAUGAGUUUCUUUGUCGGGAGAAUCUCGUGGAAUCUAACGACAUGCUUGCGCACUACGUGUUGGAGAGGAUGGAUAAGAACAGCACGCAGUUCUGUCGCGAUCGUAAGAAACGCACUGCUUCUCCGUCGCCUUGAGUAAAAUGUGCGCUAAAAUCUUGUGGAGACAAUCAACACAGAGGGACGGGUGGUGGACCCUGGUGGUUGACAACGUCAAUCACGGAGGAGUUUGAGUAAAAUAAAAACUUUUUUGCUUUGUGUCUUCAUAUCUUCUCUACUAGUAUUCCUACUGUAAUUUUCAACUCUUUGACCAUGUAAAAUUCAAUCAAUUAAAUCUUUACAAAAAAAAACUUUCACU